GUUUCUUUCAAUACAAAAGUGUUACGGUACCAGUUUUACACCCAUAAUAAUGGUGUUUUUUUAUUCCCGGUUAUUUCCCAGUGUGUUUUACUCACUAUAUUUGUUGGACAUCAAUGCGCUGAGAGGCUUGAGUUUUGUACAUGCAAGUCUUAGAAAGUCUAAGAUAAAAAGACAAAGUUACAAUGGAAGAGUAUAACAUGUAUCUACCCAUUCUGAAUAAAUUAACCAUAGAUCUAUUCCCAGGGAUACUGCGGAAUCUUCUGGAAUCUUUCCUGAAUCACACCCAACUUCCUGAUUGGUACGCAUCUAUUAGAGGAAGAACAUUUUUCAGCAAGAUUGAAGAAAUUUACAUAUUCGAAAGUCCACAGAAAGGUUAUCAACAAUUCGAUUUAAGUCUUUUGAUAAAGAUUUUGAAAUUCAUGUGUGGAGCAACAACCAUUAAUUCACAUUUAGACUCUCUUUGCCGAAUUAGAAACAAAUUAUCUCAUUUACCAAAUACAAAUAUUACACGAGAUGAGUUUGACUCUUAUUUCAAAAAAUGUUUUGAUGUAGCAGAUAGUAUUGAGAAUUACGUAAAGACACCAAAUGAUGUAGCCAAUGCUAAUGAGAAUCACCCAAGUAGACCAGGACGUUUAUGUCAAAGGAUUCAUGACAUACGUGACAAAGGUUUUGACUUAUUUUCAGGUCAAACAAUGAUCGAUAAAAUACAGAGACGACUGAAUCAGCUACAACAGAACGGAGAAAGAAUCACAAAUUCAGAAAUUAAAAGGGAGGCAAUGACUAUAGAAUCGGAUAUACAAGAAUUAGUGCACCAGAAUGACUCACAGAAUGUAAAGCUGUGCGAGCUGAAGAAAAUGCUUCAUCGUGUAAGUUUAAUUUAA